CAUGGACCCCAUCUACUUCUUACUCCCCAUUCCUUCUCAUCCCCUGCUACCCCUCCUUCCCUGCCUCACCCCUCACCUACUUGUCACUCCUAACAGUCAUCUGGUCCAGUUUUCAUAAUGUCUGUAAAUGGUGCAGCCAUAUCGCUGGUUAGGGACACAUUUCUGAUAAAAAUCACACUUCCUGGAGCUUCCAUGUCUGUUUCAUUUUACGAUUGGGACAUUUCAUAAGAGCCUUGAUUUUGUUGUUCUCGUGACGUGCCCUUGUAAAGGAACAAUGAUACAUUUCCAAGUAGGCCUGGAGCAGACUCAUGGCAGCACUGGAGUGGAGAUUGGGCUGGUGCAGUACCUGGCAGCAUCAGUGGCAUCUGCAUUUGCAAGAUCCACUGAGGACUCUGGAUGUGAGCUCAAGACUGGUCACAAAGAAUACAAGAUGGAGGUGGAAGAUGAUGAUUCUGAGCAUCAGCUUUCUUUGAGGACGAUUUGCCUUGGUGUUGGGGCAAGUGAUGACCUGCAUCUGGUCGAAGCAGAAGGCUUAAGCUCUGAUGGCAAAAACACAAAGGUGACUUUGGCAGCUUUGAAGUUGUCAAUACAGCCUACAGUUAGUUUGGGAGGAUUUGAAAUGGCACCACCUGUGACAUUUAGGCUUAAAUCUGGAACAGGUCCUGUGCACAUCAGUGGCCAGCACCUCAUCGCAUUGGAGGAUGACGACUUGGAGUCGGAUGUCGAGGAUGACAGCAUUUUGGAGACCACCACACCGAAACAAGCUGUAAAGCGACCAACUGCUGCUGCAGCAUCCAAAAUAAUGCCGCAGAAGAAAAUGAAAGUGGAAGACUCUGAUGAAGAUGAUGAAGAAGAAGAGGACGAUGAUGAUGAUGAUGAUGAAGGCGAAGAUGAGAAAGUGGUGACCCCAGCAAAAAAGCCUCUUCAGAAAAUUCCACUCAAGGCAACACCUGGAUUGAAAGGGACUCCCAACCAAAAUGGCAAAACACCCACCAAAUCCACACCAGAAAACAAGCAGUCCAAGACUCCAGAAUCCAGUAGUAAACCCAAAACACCCAAAACCCCCAAGGCUCCACUGACCAUAGAAGAAAUCAAGACUAAGUUGAAGACCUUUUUGGAAAAGGGUGUCAGUCUGCCCAAACUGGAGCCCAAGUUUGUAAACUUCCUGAAAAAUGGCUUGAGGGUGGAAGACCCAAAGAUGAUCAAAGAUCUCUGGACGUGGAGACAGACGCUGGAUGGGAAGUAGAAUAACUGUAGCAGUAACACCACAAAAUUUACUGUGAACGUUGUCCUUCUAUUUUAUCUGUCAUUGUAAAUAAACCAGUUCGUUUUACAA